AUGCGUCGAUGUUUCCAGAUCUUUCUUGUGCUGCUGAUCUCGCGGCACUUCUCGAGGCUUCCGAGAGUCUUCAUCCAAAGUGAGGAGUUCCGGCCGCAACGGCCACGACGCCAAGCCUUGGCUGGAGUGCUGCUGGCAUCGCUGACGCCAACAUCCCAUGCAGUAGCCGAGGACCGGGUUCAGACCGCAGCCUCACCGGUGUCUGUUGGGUUGAUCGGUGACGAGCUUGUUUAUCCUCGAUGGUUUGUUGGGACCUGGGCAACAGUGGGCGAGUUGUACAAGGUCGAGACAGGGCCAUUGGGCGAAAACGCCUUGUCUGCAGCCUUGCCGCGGCCCCUGGCGGUUUCGGCCGUGCGACGCUCUGGCAGUCUAGGACCACUUACGGCAUUCCUGAGGCCAGGAACUCCAGCUGCCAUGCGGAAGAAUAACGGUGCAGUUUCAAACCUAGCUUCCGAGCUCUUCCGAGAACUAGCCCAGUGCUCGCAGAGCGCAGUCCGAAACACCUCCGAGGUCGGUAUGGAAGCCGGCGUGUUCCGAGCACGCAGGCGCUGGAUGGCCACUGAACGAGUCUCUCCGGAAGGUGGGGCCGGCGCAGAGGAAGACAGAGGGGGUGUUCCUGCUGGCGCUGCAGCAGCUGCCUAUGCAGUGGGAGGUCCAGCGCCAAGGCUUAAGAAAACGGAGACAGAGGGGCUCUGGGAGGUGGCCGGGCGAUGGAAGCUGCAAGCAGCUGGUGCAGUCGCACGGGCUGAUCCAGAGAUCCCUGGAGGGUUGCGCGUCUCCGAACUCUUUGAGCUCCGCCCACUGGAUCAGGAUAAGCUGUCGGCAGCGGUUCGCAUCGUUACCAUUUGGAAAGAGGCGAAGACAGAGGGCUCCGAGCAGCUGCAGCUGGACCUGCGGGACAUCGGCGAGUUUGACAAGUCCCGAGGAAGACUUCUUCAGGCAGUGCAGGUGGCAUAUUUAUUGCCGGAGCCGUCCUCUCCGAGCGAGAAGAACUUUGGAAGUGUGACCACCCGCUUCGUUUACAGUCCCAUUCGAUGCGCAGGCACGGACGAUCACGAUCAAGAAGCUUCUCCGAUGUGGAAGAGCUAUGGUCCUGGCGGUGGCAGCGGCUAUGGCGACUGGCAGGAGGACCAAAUCUCCAUUGCCGUGAGCCAGGCCCUAUCGCCGAUACUUUCGAAAGAAACGGAGUGGGAUCAGGCAAAAUUGGAGAAGAGGGUGAAGCAAUACUUUAGAAAUGCGGCGAAGGGUCUCGAGUUCUACUCGAAGACGUGGACCGCACUGAUCGAGGAAUACUCGGACACAGUCUUUGCCUCGCUGUUUCAGGCGCUGAAGGAUCGCCCCUGGCUAGUCGAAGUGGACUUUCUCAUGGUCAUUGAUGCGGCAGUGAAAGAGCUUUUUCCGAAGCAGCUGCUUAAGAACGUGCCACAGCUGACUUUCGAGAGCCAGGUUCUUCACGCGCACGACCGUGCUUUCGAGGAGCAGCGAUUUGCUCCCAUGCUCUGGGACAUCCUUUUUGAAAAGAUUCAAGACAAGCCGCUGAAGAACAAGAUCUACAACGCCUUUGAGGCAGGCAGAAAAGAAGCUGCUUUGUCCGGCGGAGACGGGUCAAGUCCAGCGGGAGACUUUAUUCACGCCUGGGUCACUGCCUCUUUGCGGGAGCUGCAGCAAGGCGCUGCCAGCCCUGCGAUGCUCGGUGAGCAACUGUCGCCAGAGCUUUGUAAAGAGAUUUUCCACGAGCUGCUGGAGGCCGGCGCAUUGCCCCUCCAACUGACGAAGGAGUCAGGAGCGCCGCCAGAGAGCACGAUGCUGAUAGACUCCGUCGUCGAGGACGUGUACUCGGGACGUCUUGAGCUUCCGCCACCUUCCAUUGGGAGAGGUGCUGUUGCCUUCCGCACAGAGGGGCCAAUGGCGAGCCGCAUGCCUAGCUGGCGGCGAACGGGGGCCCGGGCGCGUGAGUCCCACUUCGAUGGGCUGGAGAAGGGUGCCUGGGUGGAGUUCCCUGGGUAUGACAACAGAGGCCGGCAGCAGGGGCACGUGGUUGCUUACCUGGUGGAAGCAGGAGAUGACCGGCAGAUGAAGACAGGCCGGGUCUUUGAGGGCCACGUGGUGGCGAUCCAGGACGGCUACUACGACUACUGGGUGGAGCAGACCUAUGGGGCCUACACCCUCGACCGGAUCGUUCCUUUGCACUUUUGUGGGAGCCCCCAAUCCAGCUGCAGAGAAAACACCAUGUACCGGCACCCAAUCCAUGUGGAUGUCUUCCGGCUGCUGGGGAUGGACCAGGUGCUGCAGGUUGGGUGGCUUACUGAGGAAGACAAGGCCAGGGCCGGAGCACACCCGGGGCUUGUGGGGGAAGCGCCGGGGUUGGGUGGAGCUCCGCCCGAUCCCAAUGCUGAUCCUGCGGCCUUGGGAGUGCAGACUGGCUUGCCAGGUGUGGCUGGGCUGGCAGAGGCCUUGGGUGCGCCAGGGCAGGGCGCCACCAAUGAGGCGGCCGAGCAAAAGAAGAAGGAAAAGGAGAAGAAGGAGAAGGGCGAGACGAAGGAUGAGCUGCUGGCGGAGAUCAGCAAAAGAAGCCCAGCCGGGCGCCGAGAGCGGUCGGCCUUGGAGCUGACCCGUGGGAGCAGCUCAAAGGAGAAGAAGAGGAAGAGGAGGAGCUCUUCCAGCGAUGAGGGCGAGUCGGACGACUCGUCUUUUCAGUUGGCCGCCCUUCCGAAAGGCGUGGAGAAGAUCCGGGAGAUGCACCGACGGCACCCCGGGCGUCUGGCGUCGCUGACUCUGCAGCGGUGCUCGGAGCUCCUCGCCCAGGCCCACGGAGGGGUGAUGGCCACCAGCGAAAGGGCCAAGCUGCCAGCAGUGGCGCGAGGAUACUUCCAGCUGAUCUACCUCACGGCGCACCCGGCGAUCGAGAUAGGGGCGAGGAACUUCAAGGAGCUGUCGACAAUCGUGGCGGUGAUCGACGCGGUCGCCGAGAACGACCCCCUGAGAGCACUCGACAUCUUGGUGCAGCGGCUCAAGGCGAUCGAGCUGGCCCACUUACAGGGCAACUGGACACAGGCCGAGCAGCUGGAGUUGGUGAAGACGGGGGAAUGGUCGGCGAUGUUCCAGCAGGAGCUGAAGGCAGCUCAGCAGGAGGUCCGGACCGACUGGUCCCUCAGACAAGGGCCGCGGAGAACGCCCCGAUGGGAGGGGCGAUCGUGGUGGACCGAGACUGCGGCCGACGAGGGCGCUCAAGGAGCCGGCGAGAAGGCGGCCGACGGCAACAACGACAAGGCUCCGGACAACCGGCCGAAAGGUCGCGGCGCAAAAGGAAAGGGCAAGGGCAAGAAGGGCAAGGCGACGGCUGGCCCUCGGGUCCGGCUGGAGCCGCUUGAGAUUCCUAUCCUGAAACGGGUCCUGGACUCAAUGCCGGAGGAGAUUGGGGAGCAGCGGGCUCAGAUCGACGGGCACCUGGCGAAUGCAAAGGUGGCGGCGUUUUACAAGGAGGUCAUGUCACGUGUGGCGACCCCAAAGACCGAGGAGGAGGCUGCCUACCACUUUGCAGGGAUUGUUAUAGAUAACAUUGACCUCCCGUCGGAGACCCUCUUGGAGAUCCUUUCGCAAAAGUUUGGUGUGCUGGCCGAGCAGGAUGGUCCUCAGGUGUCAAAGGCCUUUGCAGAGCUGUUUGGUCUUGGGGUGCCGGCCACAGACAGUGAUAUGGAAGCUUCUGGGCGGUUGCUGGGCCGGCACAAUGGCGUUGAGGUCCGCGAGUAUUACCCUGGGUGGCGUGGAUCAGAUGGAGGAAUCUACGUUGGCCGCGGGGGUAAUGGGCUCCCAUGCUCUGUCUUCCAGGAGCCCUACUACGAGCAGCUAGUGGUGGGGCAGGUCAAAGAGGCUCUGGAUGGAAGGGCCCUCUAUGUGCACCAAGGUGAAGAGGAUGCAGCCUAUGGAGCAAUCAGCACUUAUGUCCUUGGGCAAGAAGCGCAGCCGGUCUGGAACGAGGCUGUUUGGAAGAAGUGGCUUGGUUUCUGGCUGCUGGGGCGGCCCACGGCGCCUGCUUCUUUCCUCGGUGUUGUGCUCAGCCUGGGGCUGAGAGCAAGGCCGGGGCCACUGGGCACAUUCAUUCGAGUGCUGCCCUGCUGCGCUAAAGAGCACUUCAAGCAGUCGCCGGUCGAGCUUCUUCCAAUGGCGCUUCCCAAGGAGAGCCCUGAGAUGGUUCGGGUGAUGAAGGUGAUGCUGGAAGCUUGGGGCGCACAUGACCUCCCAUCGGAGACCUGGCUGGAGAUCGUCGAGCAAACCUCCCUUGUUGGAGUGGAGGCUUGGACCUGGCUCCAGGUGGCACUGCUGAAUCACUUGUGGGCUGGGUCCAACCACAUCCUGGGUCAAGGGCUGCUGCACCCAGCAAGCUGGACUGCAGCCCAGAAGGUUACGGGCGAGCGGCUCCGGGGCUAUGCUGAGCUCUUCGUCGAGGGCAAGGAGACAAUCGAGAUUGGGUCCUGGGAGAGCCUGCGGCAGUCACUGGGUGACAUGUAUGCUGGGCGAGAGGUGCAGAAGGCCUACAAGCUUUCCUGGGCGGCGAUUGCGCCGCAUGUGCCUGAGCCCGGGGAGGCUGGUAGGAUCUCCCUUGCAGAAACGGUGGAUCCAGCUUUGCGGCCCUAUGUCGAGGACCCCGAGCUCCUUAGGAUACCGGACCAGGAGCUGGGCGAGGCUGUGACAUCAGCUUCGGUUCUGGUGGAAAGCCGCGAGGAGUACGACUUGAUCGUGUCGCAUUUGGUGGAGGCUGGUAUGCUCGAGCGAGAAGUGCCGGAGGAAACUUUGCGGAUCAGAGGGGAGCCCGUCUACAAUGGGAUGUUUGGUGUGCACAAAGGAUGGCAGGAGCAGGCUGACGGGACUUGGCUGAGGACCCUCAGGCUGAUCAUCAAUUUGAUCCCGAGCAACCAAGUGCAGUCCCGGGUGCCGGGACAGCCUUCAGCCCACAUGGGCUACUCCCCGAUCUGGGGGCAAAUUGCCCUACUGGAGGACGAGGUGAUACUUUGCUAUGCCGAGGAUGUUCGCCACUGCUUUCACAUUUUCGCGCCAUCGCCAAAGUGGCGCGGGUACUUUGUGAUUGGGAAGGUGGCGGCGAGCAGCUGCUUCAACGAUGGAAAAGGAAGCCUGCACAGCCGACCGCGCGUGAAGAGUGCCCCCAUGGGGUGGUCGAACAUCGUGGACUUUAUCCAGAGCUCCCUGGAAAGGUUUGGGUCGUUGGCCGGGGUGCCUGCUGAACGUGUGGUGCGAAUGGGCGAGCCUGCGCCUUUGAUGCCCCUCAGCACGCCCCGGGACUACCACAGCUUCUAUGUUGACAAUUAUGAUGGCUUCAAGGUGGUCGCGGCUUGUGACGCCGGAAUUUAUGAAGGCCGGCCCUCGGAUGCUCAGCUCCAGCUACGAGAAGUGUUCAAGGUUUGGAGUGUGGGCCGGGACCCCAAGAAGGCGGCGGAAGGAACGCUGGUUUGGAGCUCGUUGGGAGCGGAACAGUUGGGUGACCGCGGGCUUGUUGGAUCGGCGCGGAAACUCCGUUGGGCGGUCCUUGGGGCCACCCUUCGGAUACUCUGUGCUGAGCCAGGCGAGCCCCGCGGAUCACAGGAGUUGCUCUCAGUGGUCGGCAAGGCUAUGCACUCCGUCCAGUUUUGCCGGCCCCUGGCCUGCCUUUUCGACCAGCUCUAUCGUGAGAUGAGUGAAGGGCCGGGGCCAAUGCGGGUCACAAAAAGCUUUUGA